GUAAACAAUAAACAUAAAAAUUACGAUAUCGUACGUUAUAAAUUUUAAUUUUUCACAAAACUAUUGACUGAGCAUUUAUUUAUUUUUGUCAAGUAAUUAGAUUUACGAUGGCUUCUAGUGACAGUGACGAGGAUCGUAGAGAACGUGAUAAAUUUGCCGAAAGGCUCAAAAGAAAAGACAAAGACAGAACUCGUAAUAUUGCUAUUCCUCGAUCUGAUAAGAAAGCUUACGAAGAAGCAGCGAAACGUUUGAAAAUAGAAAAUGAACGUGAGAAAGAAAUGGUCAUUCCUCGACUGCGUAUUGAGUCUCGUCGUAAAUAUCUCGAAAAAAGAAAAGAUGACAAGGUUACGGAACUGGAAGCCGAUAUCAUAGACGAUGAAUAUUUAUUUGAUGCUGAAGACUUAUCGCAACGUGAAAUUUUUGAUCGUGAACACAAAAAGAAGUUAUUAAGUCUUGCUAAGGAACAUGAAAAAGCUAGAGAACUUGAAAAUGUUCAACGCUAUAGGAUGCCCCAAGAUAUCAAAGAUGAUCAGAUGGAGUAUGACAUGGAAGUGGAUAAGGCACCAAUUACUGAACAACAAAAAUGGGAAGAAGAACAAAUGUCUUCUGCUGUUUAUAAAUUUGGUGCUAAAAGACAAGAAAAAGAACAAUAUGAAUUAUUGAUUGAUAAUCAAAUAGAUUUUAUCCAAACUGCAAAUUUACCUGGCACUCAUGAAGAUGAAAAACCGGAAAUUACUGAAAAACAAAAGAAAAAACUUAACAUAGAAGAGACAAAAAAGAGUUUGCCUAUAUAUAAAUUCAAAAAAGAUCUAAUAAGAGCUAUUAAAGACCAUCAGAUACUUAUUAUUGAAGGUGAAACUGGUUCUGGUAAGACAACACAAAUUCCCCAAUAUUUACAUGAAGCUGGUUUCACAGAAAAUAAUAAAAUAAUUGGAUGCACUCAACCUAGAAGAGUUGCUGCUAUGUCAGUUGCAGCUCGAGUAGCUGAUGAGAUGUCGGUUAAACUUGGAAAUGAAGUUGGUUACAGUAUACGUUUUGAAGAUUGCACUUCAGAGCGAACUAUAAUCAAAUACAUGACUGAUGGAACAUUGCAUAGAGAGUUUUUGUCUGAACCAGAUUUACAGUCUUAUAGUGUGAUGAUUGUAGAUGAAGCUCAUGAACGUACCCUUCAUACCGAUAUCUUAUUUGGUCUAGUAAAAGAUGUUAUACGAUUCAGACCAGAUCUGAAAUUAUUAAUUUCUAGCGCCACUUUAGACGCCCAGAAGUUUUCUGAAUUUUUUGAUGAUGCCCCGAUUUUUAGAAUACCUGGAAGACGUUUCCCUGUGGAUAUAUACUACACAAAAGCGCCUGAGGCAGACUAUAUAGAUGCAUGUGUUGUAUCUAUAUUACAGAUACAUGUAACACAGCCCCUCGGAGAUAUACUAGUCUUUUUAACUGGCCAGGAAGAAAUUGAAACUUGUAACGAACUACUGCAAGAGCGAGUUCGUAGACUUGGUUCUCAAAUCAAAGAACUGAUUGUAUUACCAGUUUAUAGUAAUUUACCUACUGAGAUGCAAGCCAAAAUUUUUGAGCCUACACCUCCCAACGCUAGAAAAGUUGUUUUAGCCACGAAUAUAGCAGAAACUUCUUUAACAAUUGACAAUAUUAUUUAUGUUAUUGACCCGGGUUUUUGUAAACAAAAUAAUUUCAAUUCACGUACUGGCAUGGAAUCUUUAAUAGUUGUACCAAUAUCAAAGGCAAGUGCUAAUCAAAGAGCUGGAAGAGCUGGUCGAGUAGCUGCUGGUAAAUGUUUUCGUUUAUAUACUGCUUGGGCAUAUAAAAGUGAACUUGAAGACAAUACAGUUCCAGAAAUUCAAAGAAUUAAUUUGGGAAAUGCUGUGUUGAUGUUAAAGGCUCUUGGUAUUCACGAUUUAAUACAUUUUGAUUUUUUAGAUCCUCCUCCGCAUGAAACCUUAGUGCUUGCAUUGGAACAACUUUAUGCAUUGGGAGCAUUGAAUCACAAGGGUGAAUUAACCAAAUUAGGACGUCGUAUGGCUGAAUUCCCAUUAGACCCAAUGAUGGCAAAAAUGCUCUUGGCUUCCGAGAAAUAUAAAUGUUCAGAAGAAAUUGCUACCAUAGCAGCAAUGUUAAAUGUAAAUAGCGCUAUAUUUUACAGACCCAAAGAUAAAUUAAUUUUAGCUGAUACAGCUCGUAAAAAUUUUUUUUCACAAGGUGGUGAUCAUUUAGCUUUAUUAAACAUUUAUAAUCAAUGGGCCAAUACAGAUUUUAGUACAAAUUGGUGUUAUGAAAAUUACAUUCAACAUAGAUCUAUGCGUAGAGCCAGGGAUGUAAGGGAUCAAUUAGUUGGUUUAAUGCAACGUGUUGAAAUGGAUAUAGUAUCAAAUCCAUCCGAAACUGUUAAUAUUAGAAAAGCCAUAACUGCUGGUUAUUUUUAUCACAUUGCAAGAUUGUCAAAAGGUCAUUAUCGCACUGUUAAACAUAAUCAAACCGUUAUUAUUCAUCCAAAUAGCAGUUUAUUUGAAGAACUUCCAAGAUGGGUUUUAUACCAUGAGUUGGUAUUAACAACUAAAGAAUAUAUGAGGCAAGUGACGGAGAUUGAAAGUAAAUGGCUACGUGAAGUAGCUCCUCAUUACUAUCAAGACAGAGAACUUGAAGACUCUACUAAUAAAAAAUUACCCAAGACAUUAGGAAAAACAAGUUCUGAACUAAAAACGAAUAAUUAAAGUAUAAAUUAAUUAAAUAUUUAAGUAUGUGAUUUGUUAAAUUUUGUUAAAAAAAAAAAUAAUAAUAAUAAAAGCUAUCUUUAAGCUUAAAAUGUGUUGUAUGUAUUUAAAUUGUAUAUAGUCUGUACUUUCCAUAACAACUCCACCACAUCGGUCGUAAUUCCGUGACAACUUUAAUUUUAAGGUUAUGGCAAAAUAUAUUCUGCAUGUAUAAAAUUACUAAAAUUACAGUAUCACAAUCUUAGCACAUAUAUAAUGGAUGGAGCUAGGUACAUUAAUAAUUUUCUGUCUCCAAAAUAACCCUCUCAUUUAUUAGUUAUUUUAUAAUUUUUGCCACUAUUUAAGAUAUAUAUUAUAUAUCAUAUUAUAUGUAUCGAAAUAAAAAUAAUAUAUUUAUUAUCUAUGAAAAUAAGUUACAGCUUUAUUCGUUGAGCAUUGCGAAAAUUUGUUUGGAUAUUUUAGUAUUCGCGGUGCCGUGUUAAUGGUAUUUACUAUUUAGUAUGGUUCAAGUGUAAUUGUGUAAAAUGUAUAUUGAUACAUUUAAUCAGUAAAG